AUGAUCUCGUCCAAGACCGCCCCGGGCUCUCGUCACAUUCAACAUGCACGCAUUCGACUGUCGCGAGGACCACUGGCUGCAUCUCAUCGACGAUACAUUGGAAACCAAAGCCAGGCACAAUCCAGGGUUGCCCGAGCAAGACCAGCUCGAACAGCAGGCCUUCUCUUAUCGAUCACUGCAGCAGGAGGCCUCCUCCAUUCCCUGGGCUACCCAAGAAGUCUGCAUGCAGAGGAAAUACCUGCCCCAGCCGAAGUUAUAUUUGAAAAACCGAGAAGGAAGGGGAGUUCGCGCGAGGAUAACCGGGAUUUGAUCAGCUCACAGCAUCUGCAAGUUAAGAAGAGCUGGGAGACUCCCGGAGUAUAUGCGUGGGGAUCCAAUAUUGGUCGAGUAGUAGCACCCGAUUCGGACGAGCCCAUCAUCAAAACGCCCAGGAGAAUCGAGUUCUUCAAGGGCAAGAUACUUCGAGACAUAAAGCUGGACAGGAACUUUGGCGCAGCCAUUGCUGAGAAUGGAGAUUUGCUACAAUGGGGCGCCGGCUUCUCGAAUGCCACGGAGCCAACAAUAACGUUGAGAGGCAAAGGACUAAUCAAGUUGACUAUUUCUCGGGACCGCAUAAUAGCCCUUUCUUCGUCUGGACAGGUUUACUCGAUUUCUGCAAGCCAGAAAGAUCAGCUCUCGGGGCCCAUGCCACUGGAAAGCUCAUGGAUUCCAUUCUGGAGCAGUAAAUCCAGCAUCAGCUAUCGGACAAUCCAGCCAAAGGAUAUGUCAUGGGGCGAGAAAAUAUCAGAUAUCAGCAGUGGUCUCGAGCAUACUCUCAUUCUCUCUUCAAAGGGCCGUUUAUUUUCUGUUGCCACCGCAGACUCUUCAUCUUAUCCGUGUAGAGGACAGCUGGGAGUUCCGGGGUUGACCUGGGCAACCAGGCCGGCCGGUCCAGUCGAUCAACCACACGAAAUCAGCACUCUGAAAGGAUUCGAAAUAUCGAAGAUUGCUGCUGGAGAUUUCCAUUCUCUUGCAGUAGAUAAAGUUGGCCGGGUUUUUGCAUUUGGAGACAAUUCGGUUGGUCAAUUAGGAUUUGAUCCUUCCCAGGAAUCGCCCAUCAUCGACGCGCCUUCUCUUUUGCCGAUCGACAAGCUCUACAAGGGAACCUUUCUUCUUCCCAAAGUCACGAAUAUCGCUGCUGGUGGAGUCAACAGCUUUUUCACCAUCGAUGCGACCCGAAUUGCUGGGCAAGGAGAGGAUGACCCUCGAGGUCUUGGACGUGUCACUGCAGAUACUUGGGCAUGUGGGCAGGGCAUCUUCGGUGGCCUGGGAAAUGGGAAGUGGACCCAUGUGCAAGGCACUCCGACGAAGAUCAAAGCAUUAUCAGGCCUCUUUGAGUACGAUGAGGUCAAGAAUACUGUCAUUCCAAUCCGUUUAGCUCGCCUUUCUGUUGGGGAUACCCAUAUGGCCGCCGUGAUGGACAACCUUACUUACCUAGGAGCUACCAAGGACAGCAGCGAGAAUGAUACAAAUUGGGGAGCUGACAUUUUGUUCUGGGGAGGGAACGAAUACUAUCAGGUUGGGACUGGGAAGAGGAAAAACGUGAACAACCCCACUUACAUUGCUCCUCUUGAUGUUCAAGCCGAUAAAGAGAAGGGGAGGAGGGAGGAGCACAGAUUCCAAAUAACUCCACGGACGAAGAUCAAAUUGGGUGGAAGAAACGUCAGCGUGGAGCAGAGGGUCGAGUGUGGGAGAGGCGUGACGGCGGUGUACUCUGGAACAUGA